CCUUUUAUGUCCUGACUCACGGACUGCUGGAUCGCUGCGUUGUUGGUUUAAAGUGACCAAAAGAGGAAGCCGAAACUCUUCUCCGCCCGAAGCUCCCGUCCGGUGCCUCAAUGGCGGUAACCCUGCAUGCUGGAGCUGCGAUCUGCUUCUUUCCGGCUUAGAAAUUUCUGUCUCAGUGGGAGUUUUCUUUUAAAACACGGCUGGUGUUUUCCCUAACCAUAGGCUCGUAGGAGGAACGGGCUCAUCUGCGACUUUGUUGUUCGGUGACAAUGGCGGAGGUAGCAGAAGGAAAAGUGGCGGGGGAGGGUGAGAAAAAGAAGCUGGAGCAGAGUCUGGCUUACUACGAACUGUUCUCUUUCGCGGACCGAUUCGAUUUGCUGCUGAUGGCCGCCGGAAGCCUCGGCGCAGUGGUGCACGGCUCUGCCAUGCCGGUAUUUUUCCUCUUUUUUGGAGAUCUGGUGAAUGGAUUUGGAAAGAAUCAGACUAAUCUCAGCAAAAUGACCGAUGAAGUGUCUAAGUACGCUUUGUGCUUCGUCUAUCUCGGGCUAGUUGUGUGCGUUUCUUCGUAUGCAGAGAUCGCGUGCUGGAUGUAUACCGGUGAGAGGCAAUCCGGCUCGCUGAGGAGGAAGUAUUUGGAGGCUGUGCUGAAGCAGGAUGUAGGGUUUUUUGACACCGACGCUCGGACGGGAGAUAUCGUCUUCAGCGUCUCCACGGAUACCCUCCUCGUUCAAGAUGCUAUUAGCGAGAAGGUGGGCAAUUUCAUUCAUUAUUUGUCGACCUUCCUCGCUGGCCUUGUGGUGGGCUUCAUAUCGGCAUGGCGGUUGGCUUUGCUGAGUGUGGCGGUGAUACCGGGGAUUGCCUUUGCUGGCGGGCUUUAUGCCUACACCCUAACCGGACUCACCUCAAAGAGCCGGGAGUCAUAUGCCAAUGCUGGAAUUAUCGCCGAGCAGGCUAUUGCUCAAGUAAGGACCGUAUACUCAUUUACUGGGGAGAGUAGGACACUAAAUGCUUACUCGGAAGCAAUACAGUAUACACUUAAACUGGGCUAUAAGGCAGGGAUGGCAAAAGGCUUGGGGAUUGGGUGCACAUAUGGAAUUGCUUGUAUGUCAUGGGCGUUAGUGUUUUGGUACGCUGGUGUUUUUAUCCGGAAUGGACAGACUGAUGGAGGAAAGGCUUUUACAGCAAUAUUUUCUGCUAUCGUUGGUGGAAUGAGCUUGGGUCAGUCAUUUUCAAAUCUUGGAGCAUUUAGUAAAGGGAGAGCUGCAGGCUACAAACUACUGGAGAUAAUUCGGCAGAAGCCUUCUAUCAUUCAAGAUCUUACAGAUGGAAAAUUUUUGGAUGAGGUUCAUGGAAAUAUAGAAUUUAAAGAUGUCACAUUCAGUUAUCCAUCACGGCCUGAUGUUAUUAUCUUUAGGGAUUUUUCUCUUUUCUUCCCUGCCGGGAGGACAGUUGCUGUUGUUGGAGGUAGUGGAUCGGGUAAGAGUACAGUUGUUUCUUUGAUCGAAAGGUUCUAUGAUCCCAACCAAGGGCAAAUUUUGCUUGAUAAUGUGGACAUAAGAAUACUGCAAUUGAGAUGGCUUAGGGACCAAAUUGGUUUGGUCAACCAAGAACCUGCAUUGUUCGCAACUACCAUACUGGAAAACAUACUCUAUGGGAAAUCAGAUGCAACAAUUGUUGAAGUUGAGCAAGCUGCAACCGCGGCAAAUGCUCAUAGUUUUAUCGCACUGCUUCCAAAUGGCUACAAUACCCAGGUGGGAGAAAGGGGAGUUCAGCUAUCUGGUGGCCAGAAACAGAGAAUUGCUAUUGCACGUGCCAUGUUAAAAAAUCCCAAGAUUCUCCUUCUUGAUGAAGCCACCAGUGCCCUUGAUUCUGGCUCGGAGAGCAUCGUCCAAGAAGCACUAGAUCGCCUCAUGGUUGGUAGAACUACAGUGGUUGUCGCUCACCGACUUUCAACCAUAAGAAAUGUUGAUACGAUAGCCGUCAUCCAACAAGGACAAGUUGUUGAAACUGGAACGCAUGAAGAAUUGAUUGCUAAGGGAAGCACUGGCGUGUAUGCCUCUUUAAUUCGUUUUCAAGAGAUGGCAAGGAACAGGGACUUUGGUGCUCCAUCUACUCGUAGGUCUCGCUCAUCACGCCUGAGCCAUUCUCUUUCUACCAAAUCUAUCAGUCUGCGCUCUGGAAGUCUGAGGAACUUGAGCUAUCAGUACAGCAGUGGAGCUGAUGGCCGCAUAGAGAUGGUUUCUAAUGCAGACAAUGAUCGCAAGUAUCCAGCUCCUGAUGGAUAUUUCUUCAAGCUUCUGAAAUUAAAUGCUCCUGAAUGGCCUUAUGCCAUCUUGGGAGCUGUUGGUUCAAUUCUCUCUGGGUUCAUAGGUCCAACAUUUGCAAUAGUGAUGAGCAAUAUGAUAGAAGUGUUCUAUUAUCCUGAUCCCAAUACAAUGGAGAGGAAGACUAGGGAGUACGUCUUCAUAUAUAUUGGAGCAGGACUUUAUGCAGUUGUUGCUUAUCUUGUUCAGCAUUACUUCUUUAGUAUUAUGGGGGAAAACCUCACCACUAGGGUUAGGAGAAUGAUGCUUGCUGCUAUCCUAAGAAAUGAAGUUGGAUGGUUUGAUGAAGAGGAGAACAAUUCCAGCCUUGUUGCUGCUCGUUUGGCCACUGAUGCAGCUGACGUGAAGUCUGCAAUUGCAGAGAGGAUUUCCGUGAUACUUCAAAACAUGACCUCACUCCUCACAUCCUUCAUUAUCGGGUUCAUUGUUGAAUGGAGAGUGGCGCUCCUCAUUCUUGCAACCUUCCCUCUCAUUGUCCUUGCUAACUUUGCACAGCAACUUUCCUUGAAAGGUUUUGCCGGGGACACGGCAAAGGCACAUGCCAAGACCAGCAUGAUUGCAGGGGAAGGUGUGAGCAACAUUCGUACAGUUGCAGCUUUCAACGCCCAAAAUAAGAUAUUAUCCCUCUUCCGGCUAGAGCUCCGAAUUCCCCAGCGCCACAGCCUCGGCCGCAGCCAGACUUCUGGUUUUUUCUUUGGUCUUUCUCAGCUCGCACUUUAUGCCUCUGAGGCCCUCAUACUUUGGUAUGGUGCACAUCUUGUGCGGUCAGGAGCUUCUACUUUCUCCCGUGUCAUAAAGGUCUUUGUUGUUCUCGUUGUCACUGCCAAUUCUGUUGCUGAGACUGUAAGCCUUGCUCCUGAAAUUGUCCGUGGCGGAGAGUCCAUUCGCUCGGUCUUCUCCAUCCUGAAUCGCAGCACUCGCAUUGAUUCUGAUGACCCUGAUGCAGAGUCAGUGGAUUCCAUUCGCGGGGAAAUCGAAAUCCGGCAUGUUGAUUUUGCUUACCCAUCCAGACCAGAGAUCCCCAUCUUUAAAGACCUAAACAUCCGAAUUCGUGCAGGCCAAAGUCAGGCCCUUGUUGGUGCUAGUGGGUCUGGUAAGAGCUCUGUCAUUGCACUCAUUGAACGAUUUUAUGAUCCUACAUCAGGGAAGGUCAUGAUUGAUGGUAAGGACAUCCGUAGAUUAAACCUCAAGUCCCUGAGAAUGAAGAUCGGACUCGUGCAGCAAGAGCCUGUGCUGUUCGCAGCAUCCAUCUUUGAUAACAUAGCAUAUGGAAAAGACAAUACAUCAGAGGAAGAAAUCAUAGAAGCUGCACGAGCGGCGAAUGCUCAUGGUUUUGUUAGUGAGCUUCCGGAUGGGUACAGGACGCCGGUUGGCGAGAGGGGCGUGCAGCUAUCAGGGGGACAGAAGCAGAGGAUUGCAAUCGCAAGAGCAGUGCUCAAGGAUCCAGCAGUGUUGUUGCUGGACGAGGCAACAAGUGCUUUGGAUGCUGAAUCUGAGUGUGUAUUGCAGGAAGCCCUGGACAGGCUGAUGAGGGGACGCACAACGGUGCUGGUUGCACAUCGCUUGUCAACAAUCCGAGGAGUCGACUGCAUUGGGGUGGUGCAGGAAGGUCGAAUCAUUGAGAUUGGGAGCCAUGCUGAACUUGUGGCAAGGCCAGAUGGGGCGUACUCUCGGCUUCUGCAGCUGCAGCAUCAUCGUAUUUGAUAUGUAUUUGAUCUUUUGGACUGGUGCUCCGUAUCUGGAUUAGGUUUUUAUUCAUGGGAUUUGGUUUUUGGAUGAAACUGACCAGAUUUUUUUAGUGGAAUAUGAUUAGAGAUGCAGUUUGGGCUUUGGAAAGAAGGGAGUUUAGCGAAGCUUAAAAUCGUCGUUCAACUGGAAUGAGCUUCUUUAGAAUCACUCACUUCAAUGCUCUUACAAUGUAUUAUAUAAUGUAUGAACCUUGGCUUUGGUCCUUUUGUGAUGAAGCAAAUGGUUUUCUUA